CAUUAUGAUGGUUACCUCAUAAUUACACUGCUUAUAUGUUGACUAUAAAGCAGUAAUGCAUUCGAGAUUUCCUGUGAAACUUUUAAAUGAAGCAUAACAAAGUUCACCAUGUGACCUACUUUAUCGCCGUUUAAUUGCUUGGUUGCUUAUUUGUUUUGCAUACGCUACACGCGUCUGUUCGUGCACAUCCUUCGCUGAAUAAAACCGACUUCUCAAAGAAAAACCCCGCCGUCUUCACUGAACAACACAGUACAGUAAUUUCCUUGCAUAGAAUAAAUUGCACCAUAGCACCGUUUCGGGGCAGCGUCAUGUUUUGUGACUGCAAUGCCUUUUUUUCAGAAGCGAUGGGCGUUUCUGGACGCAGAUGGCGCUGUUGAGCAUAUAUUUUGUUUCAGUCCCGUUUCCCUCCAUGGUUUCCCCUCUCUCCGACUAACUUAGCGUUUGGCUCAGUUCAUUAUACAGUCCUAUAUUCUCCCUCCAUUAGGGCAUCUCUGCCUUUGGACUGAAGAUCCCAGCAAAACCCCGAGGAGAAAAGUUUAACUUUCAUAGGGCAAAAUGGACAUGAAAAAGAGGAUCCACUUGGAGCUUAGAAACAGGACACCGUCUGAUGUACGAGAACUUGUCCUGGACAAUUGUCGAUCAGUUGAAGGAAAAAUCGAAGGUCUCACAGCUGAAUUUGUCAACCUGGAGUUCCUCAGUUUGAUAAACGUCGGCUUAAUCUCAGUCUCUAAUCUGCCCAAACUAGGAAAACUGAAAAAGCUGGAGUUGAGCGACAACAGGAUCAGCGGCGGGCUUGAUGUUUUAGCAGAAAAACUACCCAACCUCACACAUCUAAACCUGAGUGGCAACAAAUUGAAAGACAUCAGCACAUUGGAACCAUUGAAAAAGCUGGACAACCUGAAGAGUUUGGACCUGUUCAACUGUGAAGUGACAAACCUGAACGACUACAGAGAGAGCGUGUUCAAGCUGCUGCCCCAGCUCACCUACCUGGAUGGUUAUGACAUGGAGGACAGGGAAGCCUCAGACUCUGAUGGAGAGGUGGAUGGAGACGGUGUAGACGAUGAUGAAGAUGAAGAAGGAGAGGAGGAAGAAGACGAGGACGGAGAGGAGGAGGACUUCGAUGAGGAAGAGGACGAUGAGGAGGAUGAAGAGGAGGUAGAAGGAGAGGAGGAUGACGAGGAAGGCAGUGGAGAAGAUGAGGAGGAAGACUUUGGUCAGGAUGGAGAAGUAGAUGAAGAGGAUGAAGAUGAGGAUGAAGAUGACGAUGAAGCAGAAACCGGCAAAGGCGAGAAGAGAAAGCGAGACCCAGAGGAUGAGGACGACGAGGACGAUGACGAAGACGACGACUAAGAGCUAAAGUUGAAAACGAGAGCCUACCGAGUUACCCCUCCUCUCCCCCACAAACCCGAACGUCCACCCUCCUACAACUCACACCGCCUUUGUAAUCCACGUCAACCCCCCUCCCCAGCGCUGAGCUCUUUUUAUGGGGCUAGACUGUACCGAAUGGGUGGGCCGAGUGGAGCUCCCCCCCCCCCUUUUUUUUUUUUUUUUUUUUUUUUUUUUUUCUCCCCCUGCCCCCCAUGGAACUGAGAGCCACCCAACACCCUCCACCUCACCCCACUCACGGCCCCCGAGGUUCUCAGGCAGCCCACCACUCAGCAUUCCACAAUUUCACUGUCGAUCCCUCUUUAUGUAUUCCCGUGUGAGGACUUUGGGACUGGUAUCUAGUUUUGGGUCUGUGCUUUUAAUAUUUUGUUGGAUGAAUAAUUUUUGUUGUUGGGUUUAUUAUUUCUCUUUUUUGUCUUUUAAUUUUUUUUUCUCCGUUCCUUAUUUUUCCCAAUAAAAUUAUUGCUAUAGCAGCUGUGCAA